AAUUUCGAACUUUCAAGCUCAUAGGGUCAAACCGGAGUUUUUGUAAACCAGUCACAACCGAACCGUCGCAAUGUACACUUCGAGCCGGAUUUUCUUAAAUCGGAUUAUAGUGAAAAUAAAAAUGGUGAACAAUUGAAUCGUUUGGUAGUCUAAAAUUGAUAGUGUGAUGGAUUGAUGGUGAUCAGUGAAUUGUGUCAUGAAAUCGGUUACUGACAAUAACAUUUAGAUACACUAGUGGUAAACAGCAAAGGUACUGUAACGUAAGCGUGGCUCGGAAAAAUAAUCUCGGUGACUAGUGACUUGUGACUAGUGACUUGUGACUUUUGAUCGAAGACCUACAAUAGAACAGUGCACUGAAGUGAUUCUCGGACAUAUGUACAAUUAAUACUGUGAAUAGAAAAUACAGUAGUGAAAUACUGUUAAACUCUUAAAGACAAUCUCGUCGUCAAUGGAUCUUCGAAUAUCGUAACGGAAGCCGUUCGUCAAAUAAAGGUAAAAAAUCAACUAGUUUCGAUCCCUCGCAUCUCGUCUCGUGCUAUGGAUAAAUUCGAUGUAAGGAUUCGACUAUCCACGUACGGAAGCAACAAGCAGUCCUCUGUGGUUCAAGUUUGCAUGAUGUCUGGUACAACUGUGGAGAGCAUGAUUGGAAACAGGACAAUGCCCAACAUUAAACAAGAGAUUGAAAAUCCAACCACUCCCACGCAAAGCUGCCAUCAGGUCUGUUCGCCGUCCACUACUCUUCAGCAUCAGGAGGCACUUUGCACGAAAAUGGAUUUGGCGGACUAUGGUGGUGGCGGCGGAAGCCCUGGUAGUCCAGAAAUGCAUCACUGUUCAUCAACGACUCAGCCACUGGGAACUUCAGAGGAUGGUGUUAAAGAGGAAGACAUGAUGCCUAGGAGGCUUUGCCUUGUCUGUGGUGACGUUGCAAGUGGGUUUCAUUAUGGCGUUGCAUCUUGUGAAGCGUGUAAGGCUUUCUUCAAAAGAACGAUACAAGGAAACAUCGAGUACACAUGUCCAGCACAAGGCGAGUGCGAAAUAAACAAACGUAGAAGAAAAGCUUGCCAAGCCUGCAGAUUUCAAAAGUGCUUGCGGCAAGGAAUGCUGAAGGAAGGAGUAAGAUUAGAUCGAGUUAGAGGUGGAAGGCAAAAAUAUAGAAGAGCCACUGACCCAUAUGUUCCAGGGAAAACAACGACACUAGAAGCUAACGUAGCAUCGGCAGGCUCAGUGGAAACAAUAAACAACAAGAUGGUGGAGGCAUUGCUAGCUUGUGAGCCAGACAUGCUACAGGUUUCCAGCCUUUCUCCCAGUCUAGACACGGACCAGCGAGUCCUGGGACAGUUGUCGGAUCUCUACGAUCGAGAAUUGGUUGGAAUAAUUGGCUGGGCGAAACAAAUACCAGGGUUCAGCAGUCUAGCGUUAAACGACCAGAUGCGUCUCUUACAAAGCACUUGGGCGGAAAUCCUAACAUUCAGCCUUGCCUGGAGAAGUAUACCUAAUACGGGAAAACUUAGGUACGCUCAGGACUUUAUCCUCGACGAAAAGCUUGCUCGCGAGUGUCAUUGUAUCGACCUUUAUACGCACUGUAUACAGAUUGUCGAAAGGGUCCAAAGACUGGGAUUGGCACGGGAGGAAUAUUACAUCCUAAAAGCCCUGAUCCUGGCGAAUAGUGAUGCAAGAUUGGAUGAGCCCCAGGCACUUUACCGUUUCCGAGACAGUAUCCUCAAUUCCUUAUCGGAUUGUGUAGCUGCAGUGAGACCUGGCCAUGCUUUACGUGUGACGCAAAAUAUGUUUCUUAUUAUGCCGGGCCUAAGACAAGCCGAUGGUAUCGUCAGAAGAUUUUGGUCAAGUGUCUAUCGAACUGGCAAAGUGCCGAUGAACAAGCUUUUUGUUGAAAUGCUCGAAGCCGCUGGCUAUCGAUGAGUCAGAAUGAUUGUUAAUCCGCUUUCGAAGUUAUCUUUGGAUUUGACUAAUCCACUAUAUCAAGCCUCUAUGGCACGAUUCGAUGAUAAAUUAAUUUCUCAAAAGGCAAAAAGUUGUCUGUUGUAGUAUAAGUCGCUUCUGCUAUCUUAGUCGAUUUUCAGCUAGCUUUGAAUCACCGAAAGAGGAGAACAGCCCUCUCAAAAUAAAUUAGAGUUUUUAUUUGUAUAUUUGUAUAAAGAGAAAUCAACUUUAUUAAACAAUUAUAAUAAUUUGUUUUUCGAAUCCAAUGAUUUAAAAGUCGAAAUGUCCUAAUUAUUUUUUUAGUACAAAAACCACCGAAUCGUGCCUUUGAAUAAAGGAAAAAGAAUAGAAAAAGUAUAUGAGAGAGGGAGAGAGAGAGAAAGAGAGAAAGAAAAGUUCAGGGGAAACUACAAAAGUUACGCUUGAAAUUUCCUAUAAAUCGAACCUCAAACAACGUUGCUGUGCUGUUAAGAAAAGCGAAGAUUUAUUCACGUGUGCCACAAGCAAUAAAAACCGUACGGAGAAAAUACAUUCAGGGAUUUUUAGUACCUAAUUAUUAUUGUUACUGGGACCGCUUUCUAUCCGAUCGUCAUCGGGACUUUUGGAUAGCUACAAAAUAAUGCUACUAAUAUAAAUAAGAGUCAAGUAUACUAGAAAGACCAAAAGAUAGGCCUUGUGAC